ACGUACACACCCGUUUGUAUUGCUCCGAGGUAGCGAAGGAGCGUCCCAGCUUGUGUAUAUUGUAUUCUUCUGAAAAAUCGACCGCAACUACAGCGUUUUAAAGGUGUCGAAGUUAAGUCUCUUACCCAAGAUGCGUGAAUACAAGCUCGUUGUUCUUGGUUCUGGAGGAGUUGGCAAGAGUGCUUUGACUGUCCAGUUUGUGCAAGGAAUUUUCGUCGAGAAAUAUGACCCAACGAUCGAAGAUUCGUAUCGAAAACAAGUAGAAGUCGACGGGCAGCAGUGUAUGCUGGAGAUAUUGGACACAGCAGGAACGGAACAGUUUACAGCAAUGCGUGAUUUAUACAUGAAAAAUGGCCAAGGCUUUGUUUUGGUUUACUCAAUCACAGCACAGUCCACCUUCAAUGACCUCCAGGACUUGAGGGAUCAAAUUUUAAGAGUGAAGGACACAGAGGAUGUGCCGAUGGUUCUUGUUGGGAACAAAUGCGACUUGGAAGACGAAAGAGUUGUUGGAAAAGACCAAGGACAAAAUUUAGCGAAACAAUUCAGUAACUGUGCUUUCCUGGAAACAUCAGCGAAAUCAAAGAUCAACGUCAAUGAAAUCUUUUACGACUUGGUCAGGCAAAUAAACAGAAAAACACCAGAAGCGAAGAAACCACAAAAUGACAGUUGUUGCUCAUGUGUUCUAUUGUAAUGAUGCCACUAGAACAUUUAACAUCAAAGACUGAAUAUACUCUACUGAUGUUUGUACCUGAAUGUUACCAUCAUUCAAAGGACAAAACAUCAAAAAUUAUUUGUAAAUUAUUUCAGCACCACUGGCAGAUAAGAAGAAAGAGAGCCCACACAGCUCGAGUUAACCAGCUCAAAAAGGAUAGAUAAACAAUAUUUCUUAAUUGCUUCGCAGAGUGAUUUUUUAGAAUGUCUUGGGGACCUACUUUUACUUUAAUCUAGAAUAUUUUUUUUAUGUUGUACAUUAAUGUAUAUGAUAUCUGAAAACAUAACAUAGGGUGUCAUUCAUAACAGCAAUUACCAGCAGCUUUUGGAGAAUAAAAUGUAGAGUGACCGCCAAAUAAGCAGAGUCUUAUUCAUGAAGUCUACACCUUUCUGUUAUGUACAGUGUUCUGUGCACCCCUGUUGGCUUAUAGUGAGGAUAAACAGUUUGUCAGCCUCUUGAGAUUCACCAUCUUCCAAUAUGAAUGGCUCAAGGUGUGUUUGUGCAAUGAGAUGAAGCAGCCAUUGUGAACCUAGUCCUAACAGUUAUUGCCAACCUCUCUACAUAUGCAUAUGGAAGAGUUUGAAGAACAAGCUGUUAUAGCAUACUGUGCAUCAUAAACUUUAGUACUAUGUAGAUGAUGUUGUUUCUAUCUUGAGUCGAAGUAAUGUGCUUACAGCAACUUCAUGAUCAACAACUGACCAGUGACUUUACCAUCAAAGUUGAGUAAGACAGUGUGAUCAUAUCACCUUCUUCAAAGUUUGUAACAUUGGAUUCUGGAAGCUGCCUUAUGAGUGCAUUAAAAUCUAUGCGACAGAUUGGA